AUGAGGACAAUGUUCGGCAUGACAUUGGAUUGCACAACUUCGUACAGGGCUUUACAAUAUGCAUUGGAAUAUGUGAGAGGAAACGCCGAAUCUAGGUAUGCGAAGUUGCCUUAUUGUCUUAGAAAAAUAGAGCAGUCAAACUCGGGAAGUGUCGUUGACCUUGUUGUUGAUGACGAGCAUAGGUUUAAGUACCUUUUCCUAUCUUUUGAUGCUUCAAUCCGUGGUUUCAAUUACGUGAGGCGAGUUAUUGUGGUUGAUGGGACCCAUCUCACCGGAAAGUAUGAAAGUGUAUUGCUAGUCGCUUGCGCACAGGAUGUAUUUUCGGAUAGGUGCAGUUCAAUAGCUAAAGCAUGUCGCAAUGUUAUGCCAUGUGCAACACGAGGGAUAUGUUACUACCAUCUCCAACUAAACAUAAUUUCUAAUUUCCGUGGGAAGCAACUGAUGUACUUGGUGAAAGGAGCAGCAGAUGUGCAUACGUAUGAUGAUUACAACCGCUACAUGGCUUCCCUUACCAACGUAAAUCCGGCCCUUGCAGCGUACUUGAAUAAGGCAGAUCCAGCUUUAUGGUCUCGGGUUUACUGUCCAGGAGAUAGAUACAACAUCAAGACUAGCAACAUUGCGGAAUCUAUCAACUCCAUGCUAAAGAAAGCCAAAGGUUAUCCCAUCACAUAUCUCAUUGAGUUUAUUACGAAAAAUUUAGGUAGGUGGUAUUGGAAAAGACGAGAGGAUGCACUUAGUCUGACAACCACUUUUAGCCGGGGUGUUGAGUUCUUAUUGGCCGUAAGGGAGAAUUACGCAGAUAUGAUGACGGUAGAACGCAUUGAUGGCUGGCGUUUCUACGUUAGGGGUGGGCAACGUGACUGUUUGGUUGACUUGGAAGCAAAAUCUUGUUCAUGCGGGGUGUUUGAUGUUGAGAAAAUGCCAUGUUCACAUGCAAUUAAGGCUGUCAAGUCAAGCGGAUGGCAUAUGUCUACCGUAGUCGAAGCUUACUAUAGAAAAGAUUAUGUCUAUGCGUCGUACGCGGCUACCAUCAUGCCCAAUGUCGAGCACCAUCCAAUUGGGCCAGAUAUCCGAUGUAUACCUCCCAUUCCGAAGCAGAAGCCUGGAAGGCAAAAGAAGUCUCGUUGGCUAACAUGGCUAGAACUGUCACGUAAAAAUGGGAGCAAGCCGAGGAAGUCUCAUAAGCAAUAUGCUUGUUCAAAAUGCAGACAGCCUGGACAUACUCGACCUCAUUGUGUAAGUAACAAUCCCACUUGA